GCGCGUGAUCGUUGUCAACCAAUGGGAAGGCGUAACCGGACACGCAGGCAAGUGAAGCGAGGAAAGGGAGGGGCGGAUCACAUGACUUCAUCUUUCCAGUCUCUAAACUGGCAGUAGAGGCUGUCGUGAAUUGUGUUAUGCGUUCUCGUGGCCACUAGGCCACUUCUCUGGGCCAUUGAGCGAACUCGUAGCAAAUGCCCUUGUAUGCCCUUGUGAUAUACUCUUCUAAAUGCCAUGCAAGGGGCGAGUGGGAUCCAGGCCUGACGCUCCUAGAUCGUACAGCCUGGGUGCACACACAGAGGAUCCAGAUGACCGGUACCCAGUAGGGGAAAAGAGGGUGUAUCGCCCAGCUGGGCUGGGGGUGAAUACACAGAGGGUGUAUUCUGCAUCUGGGCUGGGGAUCUGCGACUUACAGGAAGAAGGGACCUUAUACUACCUUCACAUGCUGACGCGGAGCGGAGAUAAAUCCUGGUGGAGGAGAUAGAAGUCACCUCACUGACCUCUCUGCCUUCAGGCUUUUAUCUUUAAUUCUGCCUUUUUUUUACAGGACCCAUAGUAAAUCUAACGCACAAAGCUGACCAUCAGUUUUCUUUUCCUAAACGCCCCUCCUCCCCCAUGUCUUCCCUUGGGCCCUGAACACAGGUCCAAGUCCGUCCAAAAUUGUAUAGUGAUCCAUUUGUUGUUCAUGCGCGUGUGAUUGGGUGUUCACCCGCGUGUGUGAAAUGCGCCCACCCUCAAAUCUUGUUUUGGCACAUUACCCAUCUGACAUAUCAAAGUCACGCAGAGCCUGACACCUCUCUUCCACUGCAUGUUCUGAGGUGAGGGGUGAGGGGGUGGAGGGGUGAGCAAUGUGUUUCACUGGACGUAGAGAAAUGAUGUUUCCUGAUUGAUCUACUGGACUUUGCACAUGCAGCCUGGUCUGCCUACUGUCUUCGAGACUCAGUACAAUGUCCUCCUGAUUACCUUCUCUGACCCCAUUCUCUGGACAUGUCCAGCUCUCUAUGCUUAAUCCUCAUCCAGUGUUAAUUCAUGCAUUUAUUAACAAAUAUUUGCUGAGCGUCUACUAUGUGCCACACACUGUUAUAUCUGGAUAUGCAUCAGUUCACAAAACAGCCAAAGUCCCUGUAGUCAUGGAACAUCCAAUAGUGAUCACACUAUAUUCUAUGUUCCUGGGUCAGUCUCACCUACCAAACUUGGGAGUUCCUGGAGCACAAUGACAGGUUCUGACUCUUACCUGUGGCCCAAGGCAUGGCCUUGCUUACAAAAAACUUGCAUAUCAGUGAGUACAUUACAGUCACCCCAUCACCUUGGCUCACCCCAUGCCCCAUCUUCUGAUCCAAGGGAUCGCAGAAGUCGCCAGAUCUCGUACCUCUUACAACCCCUCAAAUCAAGACCCUGAGGUUCUGUAAAUCUUUUGAGGUUCCUGAAGGGUAGGAGGCAGCUUAAGCUCAUCCCUGGGGCUGGUAACUUGAACUGCAGGUCUCAGGUGACAGCAGCCACCUCAGCAUGAAUAAUUGAAAGCCAGUCCAGCCUCCUGCUCAGAGUUAUCCCCCACAGCAGGCCCUGGACUCCCUCAACCUGUCCUGUGCUCUGGUCUUGCCUAAGCAGGAGCCUCCAGCCCAGGACCCAGGUAGGGACCAUGUCCCCUGCCAUUGCACUGGCCUUCCUGCCACUGGUGGUAACAUUGCUGGUGCGGUACCGGCACUACUUCCGAUUGCUGGUGGGCACGGUCUUGCUGCGAAGCCUCCGAGACUGCCUGUCAGGGCUGCGGAUUGAGGAGCGGGCCUUCAGCUACGUGCUCACCCAUGCCCUGCCCGGUGACCCCGGUCACAUCCUCACCACCCUGGACCACUGGAGCAGCCACUGCGAGUACUUGAGCCAUAUGGGGCCUGUCAAAGGUCAGAUUCUGAUGCGGCUGGUGGAGGAGAAGGCCCCUGCCUGUGUGCUGGAAUUGGGAACGUACUGUGGAUACUCUACCCUGCUUAUUGCCCGAGCCCUGCCCCCUGGGGGUCGCCUUCUUACUGUGGAGCGGGACCCACGCACAGCAGCAGUGGCUGAAAAACUCAUCCGCCUGGCCGGCUUUGAUGAGCACAUGGUGGAGCUCAUCGUGGGCAGCUCAGAGGAGGUGAUCCCGUGCCUACGCACCCAGUAUCAGCUGAGUCGGGCAGACCUGGUGCUCCUGAUACACCGGCCACGAUGUUACCUGAGGGACCUGCAGCUGCUGGAGGCCCAUGCCCUACUGCCAGCAGGUGCCACUGUGCUGGCUGACCAUGUGCUCUUCCCUGGUGCACCCCGCUUCUUGCAGUAUGCUAAGAGCUGUGGCCGCUACCGUUGCCGCCUCUACCACACUGGCCUUCCAGACUUCCCCGCUAUCAAGGAUGGCAUAGCUCAGCUCACCUAUGCUGGACCAGGCUGAGGUCCAGGCCCAGGGGUACUUACUGAUGCCCACACCCACCCCCACCCCCACCCCCACCCAAGCAGGGACCUCAGAAUCUGCUCCCUUUCCUGUUUGGGGCCUUGAGACAUGCUGGGCUUAGGGCUAGGGAGUCUCUCUUCCCACCUCUGACCCCUUUCAGCCUCUACACUGACCUCAAGUGUCAAGUUCUAUCAGGCUGCUUGGUCUCACUAGGCCCCCUCUUUCCAGGGAGAACCAUGGACUGACAGCAUUCUUGCUGAGCUCCCUACCCAUCUCCGUCACUGAUUUGCUGAGUGACUCCAAGGGAAUCCCUGCCUUGCUCUGAGAUUUAAUCUUCUCUCUUAACAUGAAGGAAGCUGGAUGGGAGAGCUCCAGGGACCUCCCAGUUCUCGGCCUCAGAAAGCCUCCCAUCCUCAGCCCAUGCCAUUCGGGGUGGGAUCAGAGGAAGUGGCAGACAGUGAGUUAGAGGCCCUGCAGGAAUAGCUGGAUGCAAGCUGGGCCAGAGAAAAUGGCACAGAACCCUGGACCCAGGGCCAGGCAUGCCCUGGCCUUCCCUAACCCUGGCCCACUUAGCCAAUUAGGUGUGGCUGAUGUCCCUUGAGUGCCCUCUCCCCAAAGCCCAAAAGAAGAUGCUGGACUCCUCUGGGCCCCACCAACAAAGAGCGAAUAGACAUGGGGGGAAAAUCACUCCUUUGUCUUUAUUAAAGAAA